UAAAACCUAACUGCGCUUUAUGUGCUAGUAUAUAAUUAAGAAAAAGAUGAGCAUCUUUUACGACGAUAAAAUAGUCACUGAGGAAGAUGUUUAUGAUGUAACUCAUACCUCUCAAAGUACUAACCCUGUUAACAAGACUGACAAAUCAGAUACACAGAAUAAUAAUGUUGAAAAUAGUCUUUAUGAAGUUGUGCAUGAAGCAGAUGCAAAUAUUAAACAUACCACUUCAAUAUCACAUGUGAGAAAAAGCCGUGACUUUGGUGAGCUUGGAAAUUGUGGCAUGGGUAUGCGUGAUAGUUUAAUUGCAUUCAAAGAGGGUGUUCCUGGCGUUUAUAGUGGAUAUAGAUUGGCGCAUAAUAAAUUAAGGAGAAAAAGUGCUCCAGUACUCAAUGAACAUACUAAAACAUCACCUAUUAGACCACCUAGAACUAACAGACCAAAAAGUUCAUCACAAUUAGCAGUAAUUUAUGAUACAGUGCAUGAACAAGGUGGAAGUUUAGAUUUAGAAAGUGAGUGGUUAUUGCAACAAAGAAUACAAGAUAUGGAUACACAACACGUGAUCUUAGAAACCGGUGACAAUGUUACAAGAGUUGAAACUGGUAUUCGCUAUUAUAACCCUCGUACAGAUUCUCCAACUCGUCCAGCAAGUACGGUAGUAUUACCUAUGUCUCUCGACGAUGAUAUGUCUGAUUCAGGCGAUUCCUGGGGAUCUGAUUUUGAUGAGAGCGGGGAUGUUGAAGAAAGUGAAAUUUACGAAGUUCUAGGACAACCCAGAGAGAAAGUUGGAACAGUUGAGUCAGAUUAUGAAGAUAUUGAAGGGUUUGUGGAAAAAUUGGAAAGAAAGAAGCCACCACUACCUCCCAGGAACAGUGUUAUAUUUGAAAGUUUGAGUGAAUCAUCAGAUCUUGAAAAGGAUACUUAUAUUCCAGUAGAGAUGGAAAAUGAGCAACAACUUGUUCAACUACCUCCCUUAAAUCAAAAUGCAGAUGAGUAUCAAGUUAAGCGAUAUCAAAUUGUGAAAUGCAUAAUUGAGAAUGAGAAAAUUUAUAUGAAGUCAUUAAAUAGAUUAAUUAAGGAAUACGAAGAACCGUUACUUGAUCGAAAGCUUAUCAGUCAAGACCGUGUCAAAGUCAUUUUCAAACACAUCCAUGAAAUUCUGCAAUGUCAUCAGUUAUUUAACAUGGCGUUGAGUGAUCGUGCAAAUGAAUGGGACACAAGGGAGGUUAUAGGAGAUGUCAUUUUUGCAUCGUUUUCUAAGUCAACUGUAUUAAAGGCUUAUAACUCAUUUGUGUCAAAUUUCUCUGUUGCAAUGGAGAGCAUAAAGGAAACAUGCAAACUUGUGCCAGCUUUUUUGAAGUUCCUCAAGGUGUCAACUAAUGAAUUAUCAUCAUGUUAUAAUACAAUAUGCAGAACUAAAAAGUUUAAAUCCAUAAAAUUUAAUUCCAUCCCCAUUAACAAUCGUUUAUACCGACACAAUACCAAACAAUCUUUGUAUGACUUAAUGAGGCAACCACUUGAGCGCAUUCCUCAACUUGUAAUACUGACCCAAGCACUUGUGAAAGUCACUCCCCUUCUUCACCCUGAUCGACCACCGCUUCAGAUGGCACUGACUCAUUUAGAAUGUUUAAGCGAGACUCUUGCAAAAAAGCGGAAAGAUUCCAUGUGUAAACACAAAGUGAGGCAACUGGAUGGCUAUUUUACAGGUCUUGAUAAACCUCUUGCUUCAAAAAAGCGAUACUACAUAAGACAUGAUGAUAUGCUCCUUUGUCUUAUUGAAGACAAUAAAGUUGUUAAAACCAAACUUCGCAGGAUCUUUUUGUUGAGCGAUUUAAUUGUAUGUGCAAGUAUUCUCAACAAACAAAAGCAAUUAAAACUGAUGACAAAGAAGAAGUAUAAAGUGAAAUGGUGUUUACCUGUGAACGAUGUGGAAUUGAUUGAUGUUGGUUCUGGUAUUUCUAUAAAUAUCGACAAGAAAACAACAACUAUCAAAUACUCUCAAUCAAUUUCCAGUCCUCGACCGGGUGGAAAGAACUCUUCCCAAUUAAUUGAAGAUCUUCAACAUGAUAUAGCUUUGAUUGGCGAGAUUGCAGGAAAAGUGGCUUCACUGCGCAGAUCUUAUAGGUUUCUUGAUACGAAAAAAGUAAACAACUGGUUUAAAGAUGUGAAAAAUCUGCUGGAUCGCGAAACAGAAAUUGCUAAUAUGAAUUGGAUCGAAUUAUCCAUUCCAGUACGCGACAGACAAAACGAGCGCAUGCGCUGUUUAUUCAAUGUGCAUUCCCCCUACAAGAAACUCGAAUGGUCUGCUGAGUUGGAGAAUGUGAAGUUGCGGUUAGCACACAACAAUAAUCCAGGAUGGUUCUUGCAGGAAGAAAGUAUUUACGAUGGAGAGACAGCUGUUUUGAGAAGAACUCAACCGUUGGUUGCAAAUAUGGUACCCCUGUUUAUGAUUGAGCAGAAGUAUAGUGUUCAAUGUGUACUUGAGGUUUCAGACACCACCAUUCCGCAUCCAAUGUUUUGGGUAUUCUCUGGCAACGAACACGUUGGUUUAAUAACUUUGAUGGAAAUGAAUAUGACGUCCGAGCCACAUGCUGUGGAGAGCUUCGUAGCGUGCAAGGCUAGAAUAUGUUGCGCCGAGUUGUCUCGUGAACCUGAAAUCUCUUCUGGCGACGGGGAUUACAGACCAAGUUUACUCGUUUGGAUUGGUACUAUGUCUGGCAGUAUUCUAUUAUUCGACCCUCAUAGUGGAGAAGAGAAACCAUACACUUUUGCUAUGUUGAAGGAUUCUAUUACAACGUUAAAAUUUUCUCACGGUAAAAUGUUUGCAGGUUUGGCGAACGGGACGUUAGCAUGUUUUCAACGAAAAUUAGAUGGUACAUGGAACUUAAAAAAUCCUACUAUAGUGUGUUUGGGUGUAAAAUCAAUCCUUGCUUUAACUGAAGCUGGUAAAAAAUUGUGGUGCGCUUGUGGAUCCGAAAUAAUUAUACUGGAUGCAUUAACGUUGGGUGUUGAGAAGAAAAUAGACACGUGUGAAUGGAACAAAAUAGAUGUGAAACAUUUAGUAGCGUAUGGUAUUGGAGUAUGGGUUUCUUCCUGGAAGUCUUCAAAACUGCAGCUUUAUCACGCAGAAACGUUGGAACAUUUACAAACUAUAAACAUAACAACACCCAUAUCCAGGAUGAAAAGUGAGAUUGAUGGUAAAAUCCAGAGCAUCAACAUUGAAAAAAUCUACGUCACUGCAUUACUUGCGGAGAAGGGAUUACUCUGGGUGGGAGUCAAUCAAGGACUUAUCGUAACCUAUCCUUUGCCACGUCUUGGAGGCAUUCCUACAGUAGCAGGGCAAGCCUGCGUUUCGUUUCAUAUCCAUGAAGGACCUGUGAAGCACCUACACUCAUUUAGAAUAUCUACGAAACUGUUUCCACAAAUUGAAACAGCUUCAGCGGAACACAACGAAGUAAAGUCGAUGUUAAACGUAGAUAUGUUCAGCGAUUCAAUAUCAGAGGUUGAGAGCUCUAUGGAGGUUGUUCAACAAAAGCCAUCCGGCGAACCAGUAUAUUUUGUAGUGGAUCCUAACGCAGAAAACCAAUAUGGUGGAGUGAAUAGUUAUGUUAAGAAUAAAGAUGUGUUACAGCAGGAGAUGGUGGUGGUAGAUAAUGAUGUUAAAGAUGAGGACGAAGAACAUAAUGAGGUUAAAAGAAAAGCUGACACUGAACCUGAACCUGGUGCUGUCAUGGAAGAACCUAGGGGCGUGCAUGAAAGAUGUGAUGAAGUUUCUAAUGAAAAGGAUAAGCUGGUUUAUAAUAAAUUAGCUGACGCCAGAGACGAAGUUCUCCCUGAAAUUGUCCUGACUGAAAAAGAGGCUACCCAACCAACAAAGCCAACCAGGCGUGACACGUAUGAUAGCGAUGAUGACAUAACAGCCGACCAAGAGUUUUCAUUUAUCGAAAACGAAACGAACGGCUACGACUUAGAAUCAUUUAAACCAGAGCAGGACUUUUCUAUUUAUAUUGACAAAGAUAAAGCCGUUGUUAAAUCUACUGUCAAUGCCAUGCCGGUUUUAAAGGAGGGAGGGUUUGUUAAAAUGAUGGAGCAGUUUGAAGGGUUUUCUUUACCUCCUACAUCAACUAGCACGCCUCAUAAAACGGAAUUAAAUGUACCCUUGGUCCAAUCAACACUGCCAGUAGAUGAAGUACCUAAAGAAGAAAAUGGCCUAAAUGGUAAGAGUCUUGAAGUAAUUAAUGAAAAAGAACCGCAAAAAGAAUGUGACGAAGAAAGCGCGAAGGUUAAAGGUGAUUUGCAGGAGCAAGGGGAAGGAGAGUCUAAAGAAGAGCCUACUAAAAAGGACGAGAAAGAGAUGGUGAUUUGCACUCACGGCAAAGCAAUCGAUAUGUGUGAAGAUUGUGAAGACAAUAGAUUUCAGACCACUUCUGGUUACGAGUUACCGUUUCAAAUUGAACUUCCUCCUGUGACGCAACCAUAUUCCGUAGUCAAUAAAGAAAUUCAGCUGUUACAAAGAGAGAAUUCAAAGAAUGCGGAACCAUCUAAUCCAGCUUUAGAAUCGUUCUAUGAACAAUAUAAAGUUCUACCGCUACCGAAAAGCCCUAAAAACAGUGUAAAUAUUCGUAGCACAAGUAACCCGGCUACUCCGAAAACGCCAAUCGGGAGUUAUACGGAUAAAGGGAUGUAUACGCCAUUGCUUAAUAGCGAUAACUUUUCGACCUCAUUAACAUCUACGAUCGGCUUGCGUGCUUAUGAAAAAGAAAUAUCGUUGAGCGAUUCUUCUUUAGUACGUGAAACCAAUGAAAGUUACUAUGCUUCGUUAGUAGCCGUGUCCAAACGCGAAGAAGAAACAAGACGAGAUUGUUUGCUAAUGCCUUCUUAUGUCGUCAGUGUUGGAGUUGGACAUGUAGAUUUGCGUAAGAAAGUGAGACCAUUGAGUGGGCUAGAUUUAUUUAAAUCAUUUUCCGGGGAAGCUCAAGAGCCUCUCCUUAUGAUAUGGAAAUUGUCUUAACAUGUGCAGUUUUUGUUCAACGCACUUUAAUUAAGCUUUUAAAUAAGCUCCUUUAUGGUUCUCAAUGUUGGAGAAUGUUAAUAUAUUAAUAUGCCCGAUAAAAUUGAUAGAAAUAUUAAAAAACGAUGUUUUUCCUUUUUGUAGUUCUGGCGUUGAACAAGCUGCAGAUGUUCCUGCUUGCAAUCAUUCUUAAAAGGCCUCCAUUUAUCCUUAAAAUUAUCAGAAUUUUUCUACGAAAGGCCUUAUAAAGUGGCAAUAAAAACCUUUUUUCAAUUUAUUCUUGCUAAGCUUGACUGUUUAUAGGUUUAAUACACUCACCUUUAUUGGCGUUAAAAAUAACUGAAAAAAGGGUCUAAAAUAGUAAUAAUAAUUAAAAAUAAUAAUAAUUGAAAUCAUGAUAGUUUUAAUUUAAUAUUAUUAGUAAGAUUGUGAAAAACAUCCAUAAUACAAGCCCAGAAAUCACGAAAUUUUAGUAAAUAAUAUUAGGGUAGUUAGAGAAUAUUAUAUUAUCCUCUGGCAGCACGAUGAGGCAUACUUUAUUUCGCCUUAAUUAACAUGUAUCUACACUGGAAUAUAGCACAAUAUUUUUUAAUUGGAAUUUUUAACACUUUGUAUAGGUUUUGUACCAACCUUUGAAGAUAUAAUCAUUUUCGUUAAAUUAAUAAAAUCAAAGAUAAAAACGCGUGUGAAGAGUUUCUUGUUGAGCGCGGUUCAGACUUUUUACUUCUUUUUUUUUCGCUACACGGCCAAUAAUUGCCAGCGCGAAUCUGUACUAAGGUUUUAUGUAUGGCGUAAUGAGUUAGCCUAACUUAGUUUUUAAAAAUUAUCAUAUUUUAAAUGGUCAGCAGUUUAUAGUUUGCAAUUAUUUUAUACGGUUAUAAUUUAACUUUUAUUAAUUUGUAUUUUAGAUUAUAUUUAUGUAUCAGUUUAAAUAUUUUUUAAUUCUGUUUAGGUACAAAACCUAGCCGCACCUCCGUGCACGGCUAAUCAACGUUGUUCAUAGAAAUUAUAUUUUUAUUGAAAAAAGUUGUGAGCCCGUGGUGGAUUCCACAGGGAAUCUUCCGUCCACAUAUUUUCUACAUCGCUUUUUUAUGGAUUCUGUUCUCUUGUUUUCAUGAAGUAAUAGAAUUUACUUGGACGGGGUUAAUACCAUGAUUAUAGGUACAAUUUAAGCGCGGUUUUUUUAAUUUAAUAAUUACCCUGGUUUCUAAAAAACGGCCAAAUGAUCACAGGGAUAUAAUCAACCAUUUUGAACAGACAAACAAAAUAACUGUCUAAUUAGAUGCUUGCUAAUUUUUUGCCUUUUUUAGAUUUUUUUUUGCCAUCGCACAAAAAUUAGUACAAAUAAUGCAGGAGGAUUUCCACGUCACGAAUGUAAAGUUUUUUAAAUUUAUUAGUAAAAAAAGCAGUCGGAAUGUAAAAUAUUUUAAAGGGCUUUUAUUUUGCCAGAUUUUGAUUGCUUUUAGAUGUAAUUAUAUAUGUAUAUAUUGAUUUUUUCACAAAUAAUAUAAUUUAGUUAUAAUUUGCACAAUUUAAUAGUACAUUUUUUUGUAUUUUUUUUUAAGUUUUUAUAGAAAAUAUGUAUUUAGUACUCAAA